GCGCCUACCCAGAGGAGGCUGGCCCUUCUCGGCAGCGCGAGCGUCUGCCGCCGUCGCGGCCGCCUCUCGGAGUCUCCUCGGGCUUCAGGUCUCCCUGCCAACCACGAGGAGUCUAGAGAAGAAAAGCGGUGCCUGGGAGCCUAUAACCCACGCCUCUUUCAACGCGAAACUUCGGCAGGGAUGGGCGACAGGAUCUGGCUGCCCUUCCCGGUUCUCCUGCUGGCUGCUGUGCCCGCUGAGCUGCUGCUGGGGGCGGCCGGCUUCACGCCCUCCUUAGACAGCGACUUCACAUUUACGCUUCCGGCCGGCCAGAAGGAGUGUUUCUAUCAGCCCAUGCCCCUGAAGGCCUCGCUGGAGAUCGAGUACCAAGUUUUAGAUGGAGCAGGAUUAGAUAUUGAUUUCCAUCUUGCCUCUCCAGAAGGAAGAACCUUAGUUUUUGAACAAAGAAAAUCAGAUGGAGUUCAUACGGUAGAGACUGAAGUUGGUGACUACAUGUUCUGUUUUGAUAAUACAUUCAGCACCAUUUCUGAGAAGGUGAUCUUCUUUGAAUUAAUUCUGGAUAAUAUGGGAGAACAGGGACAAGAUCAAGAGGACUGGAAGAAAUAUAUUACUGGCACAGAUAUGUUGGAGAUGAAGCUGGAAGACAUCCUGGAUUCCAUCAGCAGUAUCAAGUCCAGACUAAGCAAAAGUGGUCAUAUCCAAACUUUGCUUAGAGCAUUUGAAGCUCGUGAUCGGAACAUACAAGAAAGCAACUUUGAUAGAGUAAACUUUUGGUCUAUGGUUAAUUUAGUGGUCAUGGUGUUAGUUUCAGCUAUUCAAGUAUAUAUGCUGAAAAGUCUAUUUGAAGAUAAGAGGAAAAGUAGAACUUAACUCUCCAAACUAGAGUACUGAAGUUGAGAGACAGAAAAAUGCAAUAAGCUGUUACAGUCAAGAUCAUCAAUAAUCUUUUCCAAAUGUUUUCAGGCAUUAUUGUGUAAAACCAUUGUUAAUUUUAAUGUGAAAGAAAAACCUUCACUUUUGUCUGCGCAAAUACUCUUUCCAGUUGUAUUUAAAUGUGUAACAAAUAUUUUGCAAAGUAUACACACACUGAAUGUAGCCUUACUAAUAACCACACUUUCCUAGAUUCAAAAAUAAUCUACAAGAAUCAUGGGCCUAAAUGCAACACAAACUAUGUUCAAAAAGAUUCUCUUUCCUAGAAGUUUCUUUAUAGUGGUAUUUACAGAUUAAUUGUACAAGUUUUCAAUAUACUGAAUUAGAAAUUAACAGAAUUACCUAACUAUGGAUUUUAUAUAUAUCUUUGGCAAAGACUGUACUUUUCUUUUUUUCACAUGCACCUCUAACAUUAGGAGUUUAGCUAUGAAAAGUAGUGAGAUUUUUAUAAUCAAAUGUUUCAACUUAAAAUACUAGCAAAAAGUAUUAGUUUUAUAUACGUUUAGCCAACAUUCCCAAAUGAUGAUAUUUUGAUAAUUCUUAAUAAUGCAAAGUCAUACUUAUUAAAAUUAGGAAAACGGGUAGAGAUUGCUCAAUCUCUAGUGACAGCAUUCUAAUUCUCAAUUGAAGUGUAAUGUGUUAAAUAUACAGGAAGAUUUUAACAUGAUUUCUGAUUUAGGAUAAUACAUUAUUACCAGGAAUUGUGAAGGAAAUAUUGCUAAUAGAUCUAGGCCUAACAUAAAUAUAGCCUUUUCUGUUAUAAAAAUAAAGAAUUUAGGUCAGCUUGGAAAUAAUCUGAUUAAAAGGAAGUUCACUUAAACUAUACAUACGUGUGUGUAAUCUGUUUGGCUCAUCAUAACUCAAUCCUAAUAUACACCAUGAGGUAACUUCCAGUUAAAGUUGUUGUUUUUACUUUUUACAAUUGUUUUGUUUUGAAUUAUCUUUUAUAUUAUAAGACCUAAUAUAAGGUGAAGCACCAACUAUUACAAUUUUGUGACUUUCUUAAAAUGACCUUUAUCACUUUAUUUACUGGCGUUCAAUUAAAGACUGAAAUCAACCACUGAAUUCCAAGCUAUAAACACUUAACUAGUAUACCCAUUUAUAACUGAUGAGUUAUAAACAAUUAACUCAAAACAUUUGAUUAUAGAAGCUCUCUGUAGGUUAGUUAUUAUUUGUAUUAACUAAGUACUAAUUCAGGGUUUGUUUUCACCUGUAUUUAUACUCAAAAAGGGGGGGAAAAGGGAGAAAAAGAGAUUUCUCCUUCUGCCUAUGGGAGAAUAACAGUAUAAUCAAGACUACUCUGAAAAUUUUAAAAAUGAAAUAAAUGCUGUUCAUAAUCAAGUACCUCAACUGGCCAAAGAAAUGAUUUCCGUGUCUAGGAAUAACCCCUGUAGAACAUACAAAACAAAGGUCAGUAAGAUCACUGCUUAUUCCUCCUACUCCCUUUUCCCCCUUGUGUUAAAGGGAAGCAAACUCAUAGUACUAUAAGUAAUAAGAGUACAGAUACAAACUGCUGCACCUUUUCUAUAAAACUGUGAUUAAGAAUUCUACCUCUUAUGUAUGGUUGGUUAUUUGUACUGUACUCUAAUUCCUAACACUGAAUUUGUUAUAUUUACAUGCAUGAUUUGUGCCACUGAUUUUAAACCUAUGAUGUAGUAACAAUGACCUUAUUUGGAAAAAAGAAUUUAGAAGUACUAAGGACAAUUUUAUUUUUAUAAACACAAAGUAAGAUUAUUUUAAAAGCAGGUGUUACCUGUAUUAACCAAAAAUAGUAAAAUGUUAGUUUUUCUUUAAUCUGUGAUAUUUCUAAAGGCAUGUUUAUCUGUCUUGUUUCUUUACAAAUGUCAGUAUUCAAACUUAAAAUUAUGAUAAAACUCAGCAAAGUCAUUUAAUAGCUCAUUUGGCCUGAUUUUUAGUAACAUAAACUUACAGUGCUGUAAUUUAAGACCUCCAGUUUCACUUUGCUUUGCAUUUGUAUCAUUGAUGUUAUUCAUGUGAAUGUCAAGAUAUGGUGGGUAAUAAGUUGUUAAAAAACACUGAAAUAAAUUACAAAUUUACCUGUUAAUUUUGUUAUUUAUCCUUAAGCAUUGUCAUUGUCGUAAAAUUGACAAAAAUUGAAUACCUAUAAUUUGUAUAACUGUAUGACUACGCAAAUGAAAAUUAUCUGAAACCUUAAAACAAAUUGAUUUAGCAUGUAAUGGUUUUUUAUCUGUAGUAUAAUGUAAAGUGUUGCUCAAACUGCUUUAUACUGUGGACAGCCAUAAUGGAUGAGUAAUGAAUACUGAGCUUAGUGUGUAAUAAAAAUUACAAUCAGAA